AUGACUGGAUGGCUGCAGGAGUGUGCUGCUCAGGUGGUAUCUUAUCAGGUGAUCAGGUCCAUGGAGGUGAGGUGAUACACUGCUGAGGAGUUGGCAAGUUGCCACCCUGUCCAUCACUCUAAUCAUCCCUAGACAGAGACAGUAUCUAAAGGCCUUUUUUACCUAUGUAUUUACUAUCUACAGUACAUACUGUACAGGAGAACAUUCUCAUUUUCAGGCCAUUACUUAUGAAGUGUGGAUAGGCUUUCUAAAUGGCUGGGUUACUCUAGUCUCUAGUCCCACUCAAUUGUUAGUCUCUCGUGACAGACUGGCGAGCACAAGCAAGAUUUGGUUUGGAAUGUAGUGGCUUCCUUACCAAUUGACCAUAGCCACUGCCCAAGCCUGAAGCGGGGUUGUUUCGGACGCAUACAGUCCACAUUCGAAGUUCCCAAACGGCAAAAACAUUCAAUAAGAUCCAGCGAUAUGGUGCAACAAAUUUUUUUAUUCUUCUUAUUUCUAACAAAAAAUUAUUCUCCAAUCAACUUAAAACAUAGAUUACUUGACGUGAAAAAUACAUAAUAUGGCCUUUUUUAAUGUAUGUCUGUAUGGUCAAAAGACUAUACCGCUCCCGCAUCUAAAUUUAGCUAGGAACCCUCCCCCCGAAUGCCCAACUUCCUGCCUCUAUCCUAUCACUAAAACACUUACCACAUUACAAUGAAUGGGCAAGAGGGGGAGACAAAAAUGAAGUUACACUAAUAACAAAGGAAUAUAUCUCAAUCAGGUAAAUAUAAAUCAUAAAGGUACGUACCUAAUAUUUCAUCAUAUACAUUCAUAUUUCAUAUAUUUACACACACGUACAUGGAGCUCUGUAUGUUCUGUCUUUUAUACAAAUAUGUCUAAAUCGGCUCUAACACUGGGUUUCAGUUUUUACCUGUAUGUCUGCAAUGCACGUGGAGGAGAGGAGUGUCGCUCCAGUGUCAGUCUUGAUUGCCUUGACUCCCACAGAGUGCUGAGUGGGAGGGAGGGAGGGCGCCAAGGAGGGAGGGAGGGAGCGAGGGAGGUGUGCAGUUAAUGGCGGACAUCCCACCCAGUGUUUGUUUAUGUCAGAUGGAUGUUAUUUCCCCUCGUGGUUUCCCCUUGGCAGCAAGGCAGGUUAUGGCACCGACAGCUCUAUGGCAACCAGGGCUUUCCCCUCCUCAAACACACACAUGCACGCACACACCACCUACUAGCACUGACUUUUCUGACAGCUACUUUAUUGAGGAAAAAUGCACUAACUAUAAGUAGCUCUGGAUAAGAGCAUCUGCUAAAUGACUAAAAUGUCAAAUGUAAAACACACACACACAGGGACUAGCCUCCAGUUCAACCCUGGCUGGGUGUUAGCCACUGCAGUGUGUGGACAGUAGGGGAGCCAAAUGAAAAGCAGAUGGCAGUGGCAUGUUCUAAUUGAGAAGUGGAAACACAGUGGUGUGUGUGUGUAUUUGUGUGUGUGUAUUUGUGUGUGUGUAUGUCCAUUUGUUUCAGUGGGCAAGGGAGGCCUUGUACAUCACAAGGCAUUGAGUGUGUGGACACAUAUCCUUCUUAAAGGGGCAAUCUGGAGUUGCUACAUCCAUUUUUGUAAUUAUAAAUUAAUGAGCGGGCCUCCCGAGUGGCGCAGUGGUCUGUGCCACUAGAGAUCCUGGUUCGAAUCCCGGCUCUGUCGUAGCCGGCCACGACCGGGAGAUCCAUGGGGCGUCGCACAAUUGGCCCAGGGUAGGGGAGGGAAUAGCCGGCAGGGAUGUAGCUCAGUUGGUAGAGCAUGGCGUUUGCAACGCUAGGGUUGUGGGUUCGAUUCCCACGGGGGGGGACAGUAUGAAACAAAUAAAAAAAUAAUGUAUGCACUAAGUGCGUCUGCUAAAUGACUAAAAUGUAAAUGAUAUGUACCCAUUGAUUCUUGAAAAAUAUAACUUAUAUAUGCCUCAUGAGCUUAGUUAAACUCCGGUACCCCAGCAGAACCCAACAUAUAAGCUUGUUCGACUCCAAUGUUUGUAAACAAAGUACAUACACACUAUAGCCUCAAAACAUGGUCAAAACUAUAAUUUUGACCAUAUCCUGGAUGGUCAGUCCUUGCAUCCAUAGCUCAGUCUAUGAAUUUGAGAGUGGUUACAUAGCUCCUGAGUGGCGCAGCGGUCUAAGGCACUGCAUCUCAGUGCUUGAGAUGUCACUACAGACCCCCUGGUUCGAAAAUCACAACUGGCUGUGAUUGGGAGUCCCAUAGGGUGGCACACAAUUGGCACAGUGUUGUCCGGAUUUGGCCGGUGUAGGCUGUCACUGUAAAUAAGAAUUUGUUCUUAACUGACUUGCCUAGUUAAAUAAAGGUACACAAAUUAAAAUCUCCAGGUAAGGGGAGUAUGCUUUGUUAUUGUUUCAACUGCGAUUGCCGCUUUAAGGGACCACAGGAAGUGUUACUGAACAUUUGUGUGUGUUUGUGUUUCUUCCUGUAUGAGGGAGAGAGAGUGAGAGGUGGGUGACAAUACUCUGUAGUAGUGUGGGGGUGUUUGUGUUUGAUAGAUUGUGAGGGGUUCUGUGUGUGUGUGUGUGUGUGGGGGGGGGUCUGUUUUCCCAAGGGUCUGUUUCUGUUCAACGGUUUCCUCUGUUCUGUGGAUUCUUCUUCAGCCUCUUUCUUUUGGCCUUUUCUGUCACUCUCAUAGAGGUACAGUAUAUAUGCCACCAUGUGGCGAACAUUGACAACUGCACUCUAUAAACCAGUUUACAGUCAUCUCUAGCAAACAGUAGAAAUAUACACUGAACAAAAAUAUAAACGCAACAUGCAACAAUUUCAAAGAUUUGACUGAGUUAUAGUUCAUAUAAGGAAAUCAGUCAAUUUAAAUAAAUAAAUUAGGCCCUAAUCUAUAGAUUUCACAUGACUGGGAAUACAGAUAUACAUCUGUUGGCCACAAAUACUUAAAAAAAAGUAGGGGUGUGGAUCAGAAAACCAGUCAGUAUCUGGUGUGACCACCAUUUGCCUCAUGCAGCGCGACCUCGCCAGCGUGCCAGUGGCCAUCCAAGGUGAGCGUUUGCCCACUGAAGUCGGUUAUGACGCCGAACUGCAGUCAGGUCAAGACCCUGGUGAGAACGACGAGCACGCAGAUGAGCUUCCCUGAGACGGUUUCUGGCAGUUUUUGCAGAAAUCCUUUGGUUGUGCAAACCCACAGUUUCAUCAGCUGUCCGGGUGGCUGGUCUAAGACGAUCCCACAGGUGAAGAAGCCGGAUGUGGAGGUCCUGGGCUGGUGUGGUUACACAUGGUCUGCGCUUGUGAGGCCGGUUGGAUCUACUGCCAAAUUCUCUAAAAUGACUGCCAACUGCUCUGGUGGACAUUCAUGCAGUCAACAUGCCAAUUGCACGCUCCCUCAAAACUUGAGACAUCUGUGGCAUUGUGUUGUGUGACAAAACUGCACAGACUUUUAUUGUCUCCAGCACAAGGUGUACCAGUGUAAUAAUCAUGCUGUUUAAUCAGUUUCUUGGUAUGCCACACCUGUCAGGCAGGUAGAAUAUUUUCACUUCAGUUAUUCUUGUCGUGAUAUCAGAAACCAUGAUCAUACUCAUCAUUAGGCCUACGAAUACUUCUCACAUCAGACUUAAUUUUUACAUCAUGUUGUUAAUUUCCUGAUAAAAGACACUUGCUGUUUACACUCAUAUGUUGGAAUAAUCUAGAAUGACACUCUUUUGUGACAUGUACAGAUGCACUGAAUCAGAUGCGAAUCCCAUACAUUUUAGCCUAUUGGAUAAUCUCAAUUGCAUUUCCUUGACUGUUGUCCUCUCUCCUCGCCUCCUUCUCAAAACCCAUUGGAUAAGAAAAUCAGAGGUCCCGCCCCUCUGACCUUAUCCUCCAAUGGGUUUUGAGAAGGAGGUGAGGAGAGAGGAUGUGAGGUAUCAAUUCAGAUUCUCUUCAUAUAUUGUUACGUUUGGUAUAAGUUUAGUAUUUAGGCCAACACUGCAACCAAGUGGUCAUGAGGAAGCACAACACCCCCUUUUUCAUGUAACAUUUUCCAGCUGUGUUGACAUGUAGAAUGACUCAAUUGAACUUGUCAGCUACUGAACAGUAUUGAUUUCAAGCAUAUCUCUAGGCAGAUCAAUGUGUUGUAGGAUGUCAUAGAAGUUAUUAACACAGAAUGUUCAUAUAAUGUUUGUAGAAUGCAGUGGUGUAAAGUAACUAAGUAAAAAUACUUUGAAGUACCACUUAAGUUCAGAAAGGAAACACCAAGUAGAAAUAUGUUUAACCAUUUAUUAAUGAAUAAUGCAAGUCUUGGCAAUAUAGGCUCUGCUCCUUCAGGGUAGCUCACUGCCCAAGCAAAGCGUCAACAUAUAAAAUGACCUACAAGCAGUCAGCGCGGUGGGAGAAAAAGAAGCAAAAUCAUACUAGCAGUAGCAGCAAGUGGCAGCAGCAUAUGUGAGCAGAACCGGUCAGCUUAAAUAGACCGCCAAAUAAGGCAGGCGUGAUUGUUACUAGCAUCUAAUUGGUGCAAUCUCAGCUGAUGCAUCAGCUGAGGCAGGCACUCGGGUUCUGUUUCUGAACUGGCUUCGCUUUAUUCGUUUUUUUGGGGUAUCUGUACUUUACUUUACUACUUAUUUUUUUGACUACUUUUACUUUUACUCCACUACAUUCCUAAAGUAAAUAUGUACUUUCUCCAUACCAUACAUUUUCCCUGACAUCCAAAAGUGCUUGUUACAUUUUGAAUGCUCAGGCAGGAGAGCGAUAUGGUCCAAUUCACGUACCUAUCAAUAUAACGCAUUGUCAUCCCUACUGCCUCUGAUCUGUCAGACUCACUAAACACAAAUACUGCAUUUGUAUUUAGUAUUUAGUAUUUUAUUAGGAUCCCCAUUAGCUGCUGCCAAGGUAGUCACUACUCUUCCUGGGGUCCAAACAGGAACAAAACAACAGAUCACAACAAAACAAUAGUCUACAUCAUACAUAAAACAAUACAUCACACAAGACAUUGUGCACUAUACAACUGUACACUGCUCCACAAUCACAAAUUUACAAUAUAAAAUGUGUGUGUCUCUUUGUGCCAUGAGGUGUUGUUUGAUCUGUUUUAAAAAAUCAGAUUUUACUGCUCGCUUGAGUUACCUGAUGUGAUAGAGAGUUCCAUGUAGUCAUGGCUCUAUGAAGUACUGUUUGUAAAUUAUGUCUGAGGUGUUGAGUGUUGGCUUAAAUAAGUAAAUUUGAGGACAGAAAUUAUUUAAUUUUAAGCAUUAGACCAUCACUAAAACUUCAGUAUAAAAAAGUAUACUUAAACCCGAAUAGUUCUCAAGCAAAUUAGAGAUGGUCAUCACCCAAUGUUCAAGAAAGGCUUUUCCCUUAUUCAGAUACACAACUCAUUUGCAGUUAUUUGAAAAGGAAAUAAUCUCCCAAAUAUCACUAUUUCUAAAACAAGCCAUAGAAAGUUGGUUGCAAUUUCAAUUUAAUCCUCCAGAAACAACAGAACAAAUAUUGUGGUUAAAUUCAAAUAUACUAAUUGAGAAAAAACAGAAUGUUUAAAAAAGGUAUAAUCUUCGUAAAUUAUAUCAUCGGUAGGACUGGUGGAGUUAUGUCGCACAUGCAGCUAACAAAAACAUAUGGAAAUGUCUGCUCUACCCAAAAUUACAACCAAAUAAUUGCAGCCUUACCGCAAAAGUGGAAGAGGAAAGUGGAAGGGGGAGAAAGUAAGGAACUUGUCUGUCGGCCUUGCAUUAAAGAACAUAAUUGGUUAAGGAAAACUAUGAUAAAUAAAAAAGUAUAUCAGUUUCACUUAAGGACCGAAGGAUUGACAGCCGUCCCAUAUAGAUUGCAAAAUAGUUGGGAAGAGAUCUUUGACGUACCGAUCCCAUGGCAUAGUGUUUAUGAACUGACACGCAAAACGACACCGGAUUCAAAAAUUAGAAUCUUUCAAUUUAAAUUAUUAUAUAAAAUUCUUGCUACCAAUAGAAUGUUAUUUAUAUGGGGGAUACAAUCUUCCCAGCUCUGCAGAUUUUGCUGUGAAGAGACAGAAUCAUUAGAUCAUUUGUUUUGGUUCUGUCCAUUUGUAGCUUGUUUUUGGACACAGGUCCAGGAAUGGCUAAAGGAUUGCAAUAUUUACCUGGAGCUAACCUUGCAGAUAGCAUUACUGGGUGAUCUGAAAAGUCAUAGUCAAUCAAUCAAUAAUAUAAUAAUACUUUUAGCAACAUUUUUUAUUUUUAAUUCACAAUCUGUAGAAGCAAUGAGAAUAGAAAGGUUCAGAACUUUUGUAAAACAUCACAGUACGGUUGAAAUAUAUAUGCCAAAUAGAAAUCCUAUAUGGAUGGUGUUAAGAGAUAGAUGGGAGGUAUUGAAUAGAGUUGAAGGAUGGGACUAAUAACAAAUAACAACAAAUAAUAACAAAGAUAGCUAAUAAUGUAAGCAUACUGUGUCCAUAAUAAGUAUAUAGGUUGUAUGUUGGGAGCUUUUGGGAAAGAGCACAGUUAGAAAGAUAUGGCAUAUAGAAGCAAACCGGAUGGACAUCAUGAAAAUGAUCGGAGAGGUUGAGAGUAGAAGAAGUUCAGGAGCAAAAAAAAAAAAAAGUAUAUAUAUAUAAUAUAAUUAUUGUAAAAUUAACUCUGUCCAUAAGGUGUAGAUAGUAAGUAUAGAUCGGAAGUAGAGGCCUGGGCGUUGUUGUUCACUAAUUAACUCCAAGUAGGGAAAGGAUGGCGGGGUUGAAAAGUAAUAAAGGGGAGUAUAUAUAUAAAAAACAUGGGGGAUUGGAAGUGAUGCAGACAAUUACAUUGAUAGAAGAUACAAUCUAUCUGCAAUAUUAAGCUGAUCCAUCCGCCCAAAGAAAAAAAGAAAAGAAAAGAAAAAUAAUAAUAAUAAUAAUAAUAAUAAUAAUAAUAAUAAAAAAUAUAUAAUAAAAAAAACACAGAAUGUUCAUAUAAUGUUUGUAGAAUGCAGUGGUGUAAAGUAACUAAGUAAAAAUACUUUGAAGUACCACUUAAGUUCAGAACGGAAACACCAAGUAGAAAUAUGUUUAACCAUUUAUUAAAGAAUGAAUAAUGCAAGUCUUGGCGAUAUAGGCUCUGCUCCUUCAGGGUAGCUCACUGCCCAAGCAAAGCGUCAACAUAUAAAAUGACCUACAAGCAGUCAGCGCGGUGGGAGAAAAAUAAGCAAAAUCAUAUUAGCAGUAGCAGCAAGUGGCAGCAGCAUAUAUGAGCAGAACCGGUCAGCUUAAAUAGACCGCCAAAUAAGGCAGGCGUGAUUGUUACUAGCAUCUAAUUGGUGCAAUCUCAGCUGAUGCAUCAGCUGAGGCAGGCACUCGGGUUCUGUUUUCUGAACUGGCUCGCUUUAUUCGUUUUUUUGGGGUAUCUGUACUUUACUUUUACUACUUUUUUGACUACUUUACUUUACUCCACUACAUUCCUAAAGUAAAUAUGUACUUUCUCCAUACCAUACAUUUUCCCUGACAUCCAAAAGUGCUUGUUACAUUUUGAAUGCUCAGGCAGGAGAGCGAUAUGGUCCAAUUCACGUACCUAUCAAUAUAACGCAUUGUCAUCCCUACUGCCUCUGAUCUGUCAGACUCACUAAACACAAAUACUGCAUUUGUAUUUAGUAUUUAGUAUUUUAUUAGGAUCCCCAUUAGCUGCUGCCAAGGUAGUCACUACUCUUCCUGGGGUCCAAACAGGAACAAAACAACAGAUCACAACAAAACAAUAGUCUACAUCAUACAUAAAACAAUACAUCACACAAGACAUUGUGCACUAUACAACUGUACAAUAUAAAAUGUGUGUGUCUCUUUGUGCCAUGAGGUGUUGUUUGAUCUGUUUUAAAAAAUCAGAUUUUACUGCUCGCUUGAGUUACCUGAUGUGAUAGAGAGUUCCAUGUAGUCAUGGCUCUAUGUAGUACUGUUUGUAAAUGAUGUCUGAGUGUUGGAGUGUGCCCCUGGCUGUCCGUAAAAAAAAAAAACAAGAAAAUUGUGCCAUCUCGUUUGCUUAAUAUAAUAGAUAAAAUUUGAUGCAUUUAUUUUACUUUUACUCAAAUAUGACAAUUGAGUACUUUAUCCACCACUGUACUUUAGUUAAUUUAAAACCAGAUACUUUUAGACCUUUACUCAAGUAGUAUUUUACUGGGUGACUUUCACUUUUACUUGAGUCAUUUUCUAUUAAUAAGGUAUCUUUACUUUUAUUCAAGCAUGACAAUUGAGUACUUUUACCACCACUGGUAGAAUGUUUCAGAGAAGUAACCAAACCAUCUCUGUUCUGUUUUGUUUUCCACAGACGAGAAACCUUACGUCUGCAGCCUGUGUGACUUUGUCAGCACAGAGUCCUCUGCCUUCCUGUCCCAUCUACGUCUCCAGCACACCAGUGACGGCCGACCCAUUCCCAGCCCCAGCUCCAGCUCUGAGAGAGGCACCCCCAGUAGCUUCCCCAAGCUGAAGAGGGCCCUCCUCCACGGGCUUGCUCAAUCCACUGCCCCCCACCCUUACCUCUCUGCCCGGCCGUCGAGAGACAAACGCCCCGCCGAGAGCAUCUCACCCACCAACCCUCUCCAUGUUGCUCCUCUGGACCUGUGUGUGAGAGCCGAGGGCCACAGGGGCCCAGCCUCCUCAGCCCUUCAGCAGAAGGGCCUGCUCAGCCACAAGUGCUCCUACUGCUCCCACUCAACCCACUACCUGGAGGUGCUGUGGAUGCACCAGACCGUCGCCCAUCGCAUCAACAGUAGAGCCCUGGCCCCCAAAUGGGCCCUCCUGAGGAAUGGCUUCAAGGGCCCCCGAGAGGGCUCAUCCUCCAGGAGACGCACGGGCCCUCCUCCCGCUCUGGACGGGAGUGAGUGUCCCCCGUUGCCCCCUGUGGUGCGCACACCCCGCACACGCCCCCCCUCGUUGAGCGGGGGCCAGAAGAAAGACAGCAGGGACAGGGCAGCCAGUCAACCCAGCACCUCUUCUUCCUCCUCUUCCACACGAGGGUCCUCCUCUUCUGCCUCAGGCUCCCAGAGUGUGCGGCCUCCCAGGGCAAGCAGCAGCAGACAGAGAGGAGAGGCUGUGCCGGAUCAAGGUCAGCGCUCUCGCUCCAACUCCAGGCCCAGGGUGGAGAUCUACCCACGGGGAGGCUCCUCGACCGGCUCCUUGGAGAAGAGCACUGCGGCCGGGGCUCCCCAGCGACCCUCAGGCCCUAGCCCCAGUGUUGGAGGAACCACCAGGCUGGUGGAUAGGUACAUGUUGCCUCAGGAAGGCCUGGGAUUCAUGCUGUCCAGCAAACAUGGCCUGGCAGAGUACAGCAGAGCCAGGAGCUCGCCUCAGCCCCAGCCCAAGACCAGCAGCUCCCAGUCCCACACCCAGUCUCACCCCCAGCCCCAGGGCAGACCCAGGGCAGAGCGCCCAACCCACAACACCACCACGGCAGGCCAGGGCUAUGGAGCCUCCCACUCCCAGACACAUGGGAGCGCCGUCCAGGUAUCCUCCAACUCCUCCUCUAACUCCUCCUCAGCCCAGCGUACAGAGGUGAAACAGGAGGAGGCACGGGGGGUGGAGACACCAGAGCUGCCCAUGGACAUCCUGAGCUUCCUGAAGAACUGCAACUCCAAUGACCUGGCGACACUCUACCACCGCUGGGGCGCCGCCAACCCCAUACUGGACCCCACAGGUAAGAGCCAGGGCAGAGCUAUGAAACAACCUUAGGUCCUUAAAUAGCUAGGAAAAUGUGUUUAUUGAACUUGGCACAUGAGGUGGACACAAAAUAAUAUCAAUAAAACAGAGGGAAUGUCCACUCACUGUUUGCCACUCUCACAAUAGAUCUUUAAUGACUGUAAAGUCAUCCUCUGGCUAUUUUUGAACUUCAGGGAUACACCGUCACUUCUUGUAAAGAUCACAAAAAGUGAGAAUAUUUUUUUUUAACCUUUAGGCCUACUAUAAUACUCAGAUCCUCAGAGGUGUUUUUCAUCUGUGUUAUGUGAGCAGCCUGUCAGUGAUAAGAAGGGCAGACAGUGUGAAGGGCAGACAGUGAGAAGGGCAGCAGGGAUGAUGAUGAACAUGCCUUAGGAUCAUGUGUUUAGAGGAAAGGCCAGAUGCCAGGAGAUGUUGAGCAGACCUUUUUUGGCUCGCUGAUUGACAGAUCAUAUCACAUGUGGUGGGGAGUUUCACUGGACUGGAUCUACCAGCAGGACUGGCCCCUGAGGUGGUCAGCACACACACAUAGGCUCAGUUGUACAUACAUACACACACACACCAUCUGGCAGAAGAUGAUUGAUAGACAGGCCGACUGGCCAGUCUGACAGGAGCAUAAAUAAUGAAAGAGAGAUGCAUUAAAGUAGCUGUGUGUGUGCUCACCGUGUCAGAAUACAUGUGUGUGUAGGAGCACACAAUUUACUGUAUAUUGUAAAAAGGCUGUAUCUGGGGCAGUGUGUAUUCUAUAUGUAGGGAGUGAUGUUAUAACAGUGAAAGAUGUGGCUGAACCUUCGUGGGUCUCUGUUCUGCAAGGCAUAUCUCUCCACUCUCCCAGUGACCUGUCAGCAACUGUUUGGGUCAGGGCUCCGGCAGAUGAUACAGAGAGAGUGAUGAUACACAGAGAGAGAGGAGAGAGAGGAGAGAGAGAGAGAGAGAGAGAGAGAGAGAGAGAGAGAGAGAGAGAGAGAGAGAGAGAGAGAGAGAGAGAGAGAGAGAGAGAGAGAGAGACAGAGACAGAGACAGAGACAGAGAGAAAGUGAGGGAAACAGAGAGAAAGAGAGAGAGAGAGAGAGAGAUAAAGAGAGCGACAGGUAUAUAUAAAAACAGAGAGAGAGAUAGAGAGAGAGAGAGAGAGAGAGAGAGGGGAACAGAGAUAGAGAGAGAGAAAGGGGAGACAGAGAGACAGAGAGAAAGAGAGGGAGACAGAGAGAAAGAGAGAGACAGAGAGAAAGUGAGGGAGACAGAGAGAAAGAGAGAGAGAGAUAUAGAAAGAGAGAAAGAUAGCGACAGAUGUAUAUAAAAGGAGAGAGAGAUAUAUAAAGAGAGAAAGAGAGCGACAGAUAUAUAUAAAAAGAGAGCGAGAGGGAGAAAGAAGGGCGGAGAGAGAGAAAGCGAAAGAGCGAGACAAAGAUAGAAAGAGAUAGAGGCACAGAGAGAGAGAUGUAACAUAACAAUUAACCCAGCAGCAGCUGCUUUAGAAAUGGUCAUUACCAAAACAUCCAGAAUGUUCCACGUAUUCUGCUGCUGCUUUCCUAAGGUCAAGUGGGCCUGCUUAAGACACCCAGCUGGCAGGCUUCUAUUCCUCCCCAUGUUCCGGAGAGAGAAAACAGCCUGGGAGGCAGACGUAUGACAUCGCUGUCACCUGUCCAGGCAGAUACCGUCACGCUCCGCCUUAGCCCUUUGAGUCAGAUGCUAUACAGUGACCUUUUUUGAGAAAGCUAGGAUGUGUGUGUGUGUGUUGUGUGUGUGUGUGGCGGGGGGAGGGGUGUGUGUAUGUGUGCAUUAGUGUGUUUAGUCCAGCUCACUUGUCUUUCAUUAGUGCCUCAGAGAGAGAGAGGCUUGUGGGUCUGCCUGGAUGUUUCCAGGGGACAGGCAGGGUUAGACCUGCCAGAGACACUCUCAGUCACCUCCCCUCCCCUGUCACCCAUACCACCAGCGGGCACCACCAGCCCAGGUACAUGCCAAGGCAGAGAUGGGAACUCACCCCCUCACUCACUGCACACACCCCACAGGGCUUUUUGGCUGGCAGGGGAAGAGGUCAUAGGAGGGGUUGGUAGUGGCGGUGGUGGGGAGGAAAGGGGGAUAUGUGACGAUGGAUGGACCAAGUUGGUCUCUCAUCUUCCUGCUGUCUCCCUGCAUCCUGCAUCACCGGAUGACACACUGAUGCUCUUUUAUAUUCCCCUUCUGCACAUGUACACACACAUACAAAUAAACAGAACACACAUACUCUCUCGCUCUCUCUCUUUCUCUCUCUCUCUCGCUCUCUCUCUCUCUCAAACACACACACACACCUGACAUGUGACACGCGGGCUGGGCGGCGGAGCGGGCACAUCACAGCCGGGGCGUUUUAAUUGGCUGUAAUUUAUGCGGCAGCCGUGUAGCUGUGUGUGUCUGCCUGUCAGAGCCUGAGAUGAUGCUGUGUGACAGCUGCAGUCCAACCCCUGGAGCUAGCCUCCCAUAAUGACACAUUAGACAUACUAAUGAUGCUUCCCUCUCUAUACUCUACUCUUCUCUACUAGAGUUGAGGCUAGCUCUCUCCAGCCAGAGACUAGAACUAGUCUGUCGGUGUCUACUCCUUUAUGGCCCUGUGUUCCAUUCAUAGACAUCCAAUCAAUCAAUCAAUCAAUCAAAUGUAUUUAUAAAGUCCUUUUUACAUCAGCAGAUGUCACAAAGUGCUUAUACAGAAACCCAGCCUAAAACCCCAAACAGCAAGCAAUGCAGAUGUAGAAGUACGGUGGCUAGGAAAAAGUCCUUAGAAUGGCAGGAACCUAGGACGAAACCUAGAGAGGAACCAGGCUCUGAGGGGUGGCCAGUCCUCUUCUGGCUGUGACGGUGGAGAUUAUAAGAGUACAUGGUUUACGUCAUUUUAUGUAUCGUUCCUCGUAUUAAAUCCCUCCCAAAUGAAAUCGCUCAAGGGGAGAGUUCUGCCACUACCUGUCCUCUCUGGAAGGUCAUGCCAUCUCUGCCUGUGCCUGUGCCUGUGGAGAUUAUAAUGGCCAUUAAGGCGAGAUUGCUCUUCAAGAUGUUCAAACGUUCAUAGAUGACCAGUAGGGUCAAAUAAUAAUCACAGUGGUUAUAGAGGGUGCAACAGGUCAGCACCUCAGGAGUAAAUGCCAGUUGGCUUUUCAUAGCCGAGCAUUCAGAGGUCGAGACAGCAGGUGCGGCCCGUGUGCCCUUCAUCUAGUCCUUCCCGGCUAUCUCUCCCUCUUUCUUUCCAUCCUCCCAUCCGUCUCUACAUCUUCAUUUUGGUCAGGUCUUUGGUGUGGAUGUUAAUUUUUUCCCCAAUGCCCCUAACUCUUACUUUAUCAGCCUUACCCUGUUACCUCUCUUUCUCUCUUCCCACAUCCCUCUCUCUGUGUCGUCACAGGUGAUGUGUGUUUUAAGGUGAGGGAUGUUUUAACUCAUGUUCCUCUCUCUCUGUGUUGUAGGGAUGCUGAGGUCUCUGGUUCGACAAGGGGAAUACGUCUGCCAAGAGUGCGGGAAGAGCUUCAGUCAGCCCAGUCACCUCCGCACACACAUGAGAUCCCACACAGGUAAAUGGGGAUUAACACACACACACACAGACACACAAGCACAUACACACGCAGGUGCGUGAAUACACAUGCACCCAUGCACACAUAUGCGUGCACAAACACGUAUGCCCGUACACACGUACACACACACACAUGCAUAUACAAUGCAUACAAUCACAUAUCCAAUACUGAACAUCAGUAACAUUCAACUACAUUAUUUGUUCAUUUGCGCUCCUCAGCCUGUGGGUCCAUUCUUUGCCCUUGACCAGGAUAGCUGUCUGUAGGUUUUAAACUAAUAUGAUUUUCUGACCUGUGACAAAUAGUAUACAUUAUUAAUCACAUGUCAGUUAGAGAGAAAGAAUUGUGCAUGCUAGUGAACCAUAACAUUUGUCCAUCUUGCCAACAUAUGUCUCCAUUAUCACUACAACCACUGUGAUUAUUAUUUGACCCUGCUGGUCAUCUAUGAACGUUUGAACAUCUUGGAGAAAAAUCUGGCCUUAAUGGCCAUGUACUGUUAUAAUCUCCACCCGGCACAGCCAGAAGGGGACUGGCCACCCCUCAGAGCCUGGUUCCUCUCUAGGUUUCUUCCUAGGUUUCUGCCUUUCUAGGGAGUUUUUCCUAGCCACCGUGCUUCUACAUCUGCAUUGCUUGCUGUUUGGGGUUUUAGGCUGGGUUUCUGUAUAGCACUUUGUGACAUCUGCUGAUAUAAAAAGGGCUUUAUAAAUAACAUUUGAUUGACUGAUUGAUUGAUCCUUAUUCAGCAGCCAAACCAUUUAUGGCCUCCUUUCUUAUCCUCUUCCUCUCCUCUCCUCUCCUCCCUCUCCUCAUCCUCCUCUCCUCUCCUCUCUCCUCUCCUCUCUCCUCUCCUCUCCUCUCCUCUCCUCUCCUCUCCUCUCCUCUCCUCUCCUCCUCUCCUCUCCUCUCCUCUCUUGUCAUGUCCAUCAGUGGGGGCCAGCUGUGAUAGUGGUAGACAGUGAGAUAAGUAACUUCUUUAUGGAGAGUGUGAAUGAUAUGUGGCACAGCCAGUGAUGCUAAGUGACAGGAGCCAAGCGGUAAGUGAUGCAGAGGGAGUCCUCUUCCCCCCCAGCAUCCACUUUAAACACACACGAGCGUGUGCACGCAUGCACACACACACACACAGACACACACACACUUUAUCCCCCUACACACACACACACCGCAUAAACAAUGCACAAACACACACACACACACACACACAGAGUGAGCUGUAAUUAAUGUUGUCACCGAUGCUUUUCUUCAGCAUGGACGUCAUCCUCAUGCAAAAGGCCAGUCACCCCGAGGCCUCCCAUUAGCAUGUCUGUGUCAUAUUAAAUCACUGGCUUCACUCCACUAGGUCUCAUCAUCAUCAUCAUCAUCUAGCUCCACUCUGCUCUGCUGUUGUGUUGUCGCUCUCUAACUAACUGGUUGUUGCUGUGGUGGAUGGUGGCGUUUGCUGGUGGUGAUGCUGGUGAAUGGAGACUAUGAGCUUUUUUUAACAAGUACAAAACCCCCCGCCCCUCACCCUCCUUCUUCCCCACAGUCGUGUUUGAUUAUAACGGACUCCGAGGUGCUGACGCUCAAACCAACUCCUCGGAAGCUCCCAAACAAGUAUGUUGUUCCCAUCGAUUCACAUUGGGUUGCUGCUUCCCAUUGCUUAUGCACGUUCGUUUUGUGUGCAUGUUUUUGUCUGCGUAUGUUUGCAUGUUUGCUGGUGCUCAUGUCCUUAUUGUUUUAUAUUCAUUCUGUCUUUUUCACUAAGAGUUAAUUGUCCUUUUGGAAUCAUCCUUUUUCAGACUCCACAUAUUUCUUGUUGUCACUAUGUCACCAAGUCACUAGAACCAUAGACAGCAACAAUACAGUCCUGGUAGUCUGUCCCUGUAUGAAGGAUUGGCCCUGAGAACACACACAAUGUCUAUUUUCUCUCUGCAUCAGAUGAAAGUUUUCUGAGAGAGGGAGAGAGAGAGAGGAGAGAGAGAGAGAGAGAGAGAGAGAGAGAGAGAGAGCGAGAGAGAGGGUUGGGUGAGGUAAAUCUCCUCUGCUUUGACAUUCGGAAAGAGCCAGGUCCGCAAGCCGCACCUCCAUCUUAAUGAAUCACCCAUCCGCAAAUUUAUCGCAACGCUAUGAAUGAUGGGAGCAGAAACAGCGUCGGGGUCCAAUUAGAUGUAGUGUUGGCGGUGCAUUACAGUGGCGAUAACCUUUAGUGUAAUUUAGUGCACCACUCCCAUCCAGCCUCCCUCCCUGCCUCUCUUCCUCACAGGACGACGGUGUCCUAGAGGUGCUCGCUUUCCCCUCACGUCUCAACCUGCCCGCCUGAUCGCCUGGCUCUGCUUUUAGAUUCUGCGUGAUUAAUUGUGUAUUUUUGUGUUUUUAUUUCCCCCACCGCAAUAUAAUGAUGUAUGAUAACACACAUAUUUUUCUGUUUCUUCUUUAGGUAAGAGAGAGUGAAGAGAGGUUGAGGGCAGAGGGCGUCAUUUGUUUUCCCCCGUUUGAUAUUCUUCCAUUUAUCAUAAUGAUAAUUAGGUGCAAUUAAAUGGCAAUCUCAUUUGUUUUGUUCAGGUGUGCUGUUGCUUAUUUUAUGUGAGAGCCGUCAGAGCCAUUGUAGGUCAGUGUAAUUAGCAAAGCGAGUGGGUGGGGCCAGCUGAUUGAGAGAAAGAGAGAGAGAAAUAAAGUAGGACUGCACUGGCAUCAGGGUUGUGUGGCCCUUUUACACACGUCAGGCUUCUCUCACAGGAGAGGAGGGCAGGUUCAUGUAGGUUAGAAAAGAGGAAAGUUAACUUGAUGUCGUUUUUGGAAUCAGGUGCAUUAUAGUCUCUCAGUCAGUCCCAGCAUGGUUUACGUCAUUUUAUGUAUUGUUCCUCGUACUAAAUCCCUCCCAAAUGAAAUUGCCUCAAGGGGAGAGUUCUGCCAUCACCUGUCCCUUUCUGGAAGGUCAUGCCAUGUCUGCCCUCUGUGUGACCUCUGACCUCUCUGUGUGUUGUUGUGUGUGUCCCACAGGGGAGAGACCAUUCCGGUGCCGCCUCUGCCCGUACCGAGCCUCUCAGAAAGGGAACCUAAAGACCCACGUCCAGAGUGUCCACCAUGUGCAUUUCGACAACGCCCAGUACCCCGAUUACAGACCACUGGGACUGGGCCAUGAGCAGGAGGAGGAGCAGGGGGACUGGUUCUCACCCACCACCACCACAAACCCACCCCGACCUAAUAACAGACCCACCAACGUGAGAUCCCCAGGGCCUAAGAUAGACAUCGAGACCAUCCAUAUUCCCAGCCCCUCCCCAAAGACAGCAGAGAGACCUGAAAGCUGUGUUAGAGACACCACCUGA